AUGGUGUUAGGCCCCGGGGAGCAACAUAGUAACAAGACGUGUGCCACGCUCGCCGACAAAUUCGAGCCCCUGUGUGUAGUUGUUGGUGAUGGUGCUGUCGGAAAGACGUGUCUUCUCAUCAGCUAUACGACGAACAAGUUCCCUUCAGAAUAUGUACCUACGGUCUUCGACAACUAUGCUGUCACUGUGAUGAUUGGCGACGAGCCAUAUACGCUGGGCCUCUUCGAUACUGCUGGGCAGGAAGAUUACGAUAGAUUGCGGCCUCUUUCCUACCCCCAGACCGACGUCUUCCUUGUCUGCUUCAGCGUCACAUCUCCCGCGUCCUUCGAAAACGUCAGAGAAAAAUGGUUCCCCGAGGUACAUCACCACUGCCCCGGUGUCCCCUGCCUGAUCGUUGGCACCCAGGUAGAUCUUCGGGACGACCCAAGUGUGCGCGAAAAGCUUGCGAAGCAAAAGAUGCAGCCCGUUAGGAGGGAGGAUGGAGAGAGGAUGGCGAAAGACCUCGGCGCUGUUAAGUACGUGGAAUGCAGUGCUCUGACGCAGUAUAAACUAAAGGACGUAUUCGACGAGGCGAUCGUCGCUGCCUUGGAGCCUCCCGCGCACAAGAAGAAAAAGAGCCGUUGCGUCCUCCUCUAA